AUGGCAGAAAAUUACAUUCUGCAGGUCACGGCCGGCUCAGAAUAUGAUGUUAGGAAACAUCAGAUUGUGCCAGUCAAUCAGGCAAAAUGUAUUAGGAUUGAGAAUGAACUUUGUGAGGUGGAUUUGAAUGUUCGAGUUCAAGAUUAUCGCGGACUCCCCAAAGCCUCCCCCAAUACCUCUCCCUACUUCGAUCUGCCGCCGCACGAUAAGAAUAAAGAUCAAUAUAGUAUUGGAUUUCGAUUUAAGCCGAAACAGGAUAUCAACGCGGAAGAUUUGGUUUUUGGAAAUGAUUUUGAUCAUCCGAUUAGGGAUCGUUUGCCCCCGGGGUUUAGUACGGCGUUUAGGAUUGUGAAGUGGGUGGUGGAUCCGGGGUUGGAUGGGGAUGUUUAUGCGGAUGAACCGUAUUUGUAUGGGCCGGCGGCAAGUUCGUUUAAUGUGUUGUAUGUUGGGGAUGGGGGAGAUGGAGAGGGAGUGGGGGAUGAGGAUGCGGGGUUGGUGUUUGAGGAGGGGGGCGAUGAGGAGGGCGAGGAUCAUAGAAGGGAGUGUGGGAUUCCUGAGGGGGAGGCGGCGAGGAAAAAAUACUUCUUGACGGAAGCGAAUAGGAGGGAGUGGGAUUGGGAGGAGGGGAGAACUUAUGGAUGUGACUUUUUUAAUGCGUAUUUGGAUUUUAAUAGUUUCUCUCUCAAAUUACCAGGCUUCACAAUGCCGAUAAUGAAAUACUGGGAUGGACAAGGUCUCCGAUACGUGCUGAAAAAUCGCAAGACGGGAGAAGUCUUGCUCGUGGUUCUCUUUACGCUGUAUCUCAAAGAGGACGUGGAUGAGAAUGGGAAGCUAAAGGAUGGUGUGGAGGGGGGUAAACCUUUUGAUCAAUUGCCUAAGGUGGUUGCGGAGAAACAUUUGAGGGAGAGGAAUGGGGAAGGAGGGGAUGGUGGGGAGAAGGAAGUGAAGGUGGAGAAGGUAGAUAAGGUAGAGAUAUCUACUAAUGAUGAUGAGGAUAUUGAUUGA